AUGUCUAAAAACAAGCAAAAAAUCCGAAAAUCAGACAGACCCUUUUCAAAUAUUAUCUCAUUUGCGGAAGGAUUCCCAGGAAACUCAACAGGUCAACCCUACUUUUUCGUAAGCUCCCUAGACCAAAGCAUGGCAGAUUUGCGAGCCUUCAAUUAUGCGUCGCUUGCUGUCUCAGAAGCCGCUUCGGGCCCAUGUGGAACUGGCACAGUCACAAAUGAUCCAGAAGAUCCACGCUGUGUUCGCUUGGUUUUGAAUGGAAGCUGGACAAAGGUCCCUGUUCAUUCGCAAGAAUGGGUACUCGCCAGAAGAAAUCUUUUCAAACACCAUCCUGAAAUGAAAGACUGGGAAUCAAUGGGAACUCAUGACUGGUUCCUGGCAAAGCUCGAAAUUGACCAUCUUUGGUUGAUUGACUGGUUUGGUGGUGGAUACGAAAUGCCCCUUUCAGACUACUUUUCCGGUUCCGACGGCAUCGGAAACAGCCUAAAAUAA